AUGCCAGUCAACACGCUGUCAGUGGGCGCUGCCGUCACGCCGACCGUGAUCGAGACGUACAUCCUCCACUACCUCAAUCGCAGCCCUCUGCGCCACAAGCCCACCGCGCACAUCUCCUACCACGAAGGACUCGAGCUCAUCCGGCGCUUCCUCCACUAUGCAUCCCUGCAUCCCGUCGACGAGUUGCAGGCCUUUACGUCGCAAUGGGUGCCUGUGCCGCACUGGGUGCACGUGAGCAAGGUCGAGAUGGCGAGCGGGCAGCUGCAGCGCUCUGCCCAGUACAUCAACGCGCAGCUGGGUCCGAAAGGGAUUGAAGCCGUGGGCGGGCAGACCUGGUGGCAGUGGAGACGCGAGGGUUCAAAGCUCGAGGCGGAAUGGAUAGAGAUGAAGAAAGACGGCGAUGCGCGCGAAAAGUCGAGCAUGCCAAAGGGACAGCGCAUUAUGCUGUACGUCCAUGGCGGCGCGUACUUCUUCGGCAGCGUGGAUGAGCAUCGCUACCAGAUGCAGAGACACGCCCGCAAGCUUCAGGCUCGCGUUCUGGCCCCCAAGUACAGGCUUGCCCCGCAGUUCCCGUUUCCAUGUGGCCUGAUGGACUGCUUGGCAGCCUAUCUGUACCUGCUCGAACAAGGCCACGACCCCAACACCAUCGUUCUUGCUGGUGACUCGGCCGGUGGUGGAAUGGUGCUGAGCAUGCUGGUGACGCUGCGAGACCAGGGCGUGCCUCUGCCUGCGGGUGCCAUCCUGAUCAGUCCUUGGGUGGAUCUCACCCACAGCUUCCCGAGCCUCAGUGGCGACGACAAGAUGGACUACAUCCCAGCCCAUGGUUUCCUGCACAAGCCAAGCAUCAGCUGGCCGCCUCCUAAUGCUGAUGACCUCGUCCAACUCGAGAACUCGACUCCAAGCGCGCACCAGAAGGGCAGGUCGUCUCCACGGGUUUCGCUCUCUGGCAAACACAAUGGAAAAUGUAAAGAAGAACACAAAAAAGAAUGUAAUGAAGAACGCAAAGAAGAACGCAAAGAAGAACGCAAAGAAGAACGCAAAGAAGAACACAAAGAAGAACACAAAGAAGAACGCAAAGAAGAACGCAAAGAAGAACGCAAAGAAGAACGCAAAGAAGAACGCAAAGAAGAACGCGCAGCUCAAAAGGAAGCAAAAGCUGAGCGCGUACGCGGCUAUUCGAUCAACACUGAGAAGCCUGAUAUCAACGCAAUCCUCGGCUCGACCGAAGCACAGGACACUUGGAUCUCACCAGAUGGGAAAUACGGUAUCGGGCCCAAAGGUGUCCUGUCUGUGCAGUUGGACACGGUACGGGUCGAGAUCAAGGACCAGAUCCAGCUGUACACUGCAAACCACCUUCUCACACAUCCUCUUGUAUCGCCCGUGUUACAGCCUUCCCUUGGCGGACUGCCUCCUUUACUGAUCCAGACGGGAGGUGGCGAGCUGCUUCGUGACGAGCAGAUCUACCUAGCCCACAAGGCUGCGCAUCCGGGAGCGUACCUACCACCUCCGUCCAACAUGCAAACCGCAGAAGAGAUCGAGGCUCAGGCAUCAAGGUACAAGCCAACGGACGUGCAGCUACAGGUCUGGGACGAUCUUUGCCACGUGGCCCCAACGCUCAGCUUCACGCGGCCAGCGAAGCACAUGUACCGCAGCAUCGCCCAGUUCGGUGCUUGGGCGCUUGCAAGAGCCCAAAAAACAUCCAUCGACAUCCUUGACGACGAUGACAUCUCCUUCGUCAGCACAGACUCCGAAUCGUCUCCCGAUAAUGCCAAACAGUCAAAGAAAGACAAGGAGUCCAAGACGCAGACUGAGCCCCGCUUCGGUACAGACGGAAUCAUCGACAAAGGUAAUCACGAAACUAGGGUGGGUAAAGCCGGUGAUCCACUACCUCCUUUUGAGCACCACAUGAUCCGGCAACGCAUCGACCGACAUGGAUACAUCUACCCCUUGGCGCCCAAGGAAGAGCUGGCUGCUCUUAAUCUCCCGGUUUCUGAGGUUGGAGUGCCCAAGCCGGGCCCAGUCAACAAGUGGAUGAAAGCGUCUCAACAGUGGAAUGGAAAGUUUGCAAAGCAGAAGAUCAAAAUCCAGCAGCAGCGAAUGAAGGAAAUGAAGGCUGGUUUCGAGAGGUUCGAAGGCGAGACGCCUCCACCAACUGCGUUGGCAGGCAGAAGAAUCAAGGGCAUGAAGGCAGAGAAGGCGAAGAAGAAGAGCUGGGGCAUGGCACUUUGGAGUUUGUGGGGUAGUAAACACGAUGAAGCGACCAUCGAUCGUGAACAAAAGGCAGACCAGACGCCACCACCGCCGUCAAAAGCGGUAGCUACGGACCCUGAGCAAGCCACAACUUCUUUGGACGCCACCACUGAUCGCAACCCUGACCGCAGUCGAGAUGCUGGUCUGGCGCCGAUCAGACCCACAAGGAUGCGUUCGCGCUCAAGGCAUUCGAAUGUUACGGAUCAAGGACAAGCAACUUCAUCACAAGACGACCUCCAGAAGCUCUCGAGGGAAUUCUCACAAAUGGCACCCCCUUCUUCGGGUCUUGCCGAGGCCACAGUUAUUGCGCCUGAACGAUCGCACUCUGGCCUACCUACACUAUCGAAUGAGCCUGUGCAAUCUCCAGGCGUCAUCAUCUCUGCAGAACCCACCUCGCCGCCAACAAUCGUCCCAGAGACAGACGGGUCAAGCACUCGGCCGAACAAAGGAGGCAUAGCCUAUCCCUUCAGUCUCAAGGUCGAUGGCCAGAAUGGUCACCACGCAAAUGCAAGCAUGGUCACGUUACAGAGCGUCAACAUCACGACGCCGCCUGCGGUAGAGGUGUCGAAGCAGCUUGGAGACGCACCGCCGUUCCCCACUGUACAAGGAGAACCAAACACUACCCAGCCAACGCCUGGGCGGUUUUCAACCGACGCGCCUGGUGCCGGACUCUUCAAUGGUCGGCGGGUCGCCGCAACACCGGGUGCGGGUGCUGAGCAGGUCGAAACACCUGGUCUUGAAAGACCUGGUGUUGAAAGAUUCCAGACCGCGUAUGAGGAUCUCAGCACGCUUUCGGACACGGAGAAGAAGGUGUGA